AUGUCGAGUCUUAUUGCUGGAUUGAGUAAAAGUAAGUUUUCAUGGAUAAUGUUACAGUAGGUAGACCUGGGUUUUGAACCGGCCCGAUUUUUAAACCCGGCCCUGAGGUCAGGCUUAAAAAUAAGGCUAAAUAAAUGAGUAUGAGGGUGUUAAAUUGUUAACAUAACAAUAAGUCAUAGUAAGUAUUAUGGUAGAGUAAAGCCAAUGUACGGUUACUAUAGACUAAAGUGGGGCUUACUGUGUUACCGCAAGGGUAGGGUAAGGUAGGAGUACAUUUGAAUGAAUACAGGAGUGUAGAGAAAGUUAAGGUAAGGUAGUUUAUGUAGGGUACAAUACAGAAUUGUAAAGUAAGAAAAGGUAAAGAAAAUGUUAAUGUUGUGUAAGAUAGGGCUUUUGUUACAGUACCCGCAAGCGCACAUAGAGUUUGCUUUGAUCAAAAAGAGUAAGGAUUGCCUUGGAAAAGAAUACUGUAAGAUCUGGGUAUGGUGAGGGCAAGGAUAUGUAUACGAGUAGAAGAGGGUAGAGGAAGUUAAUGUAAACUACAGUAAUGUAGGAUAUGGUAGGCUGAAGUAGGGUAGGGUAGGGUAGGGGAGGGUAGGGUAGGGUAGGAUAGGGUAGGAUAGGGUAGGGUAGAGUAGGGUAGGGUAAGGUAGGGUAGGGUAGGGUAGGGUAGGGUAGGGUAGGGUAGGGUAGGGUAGGGGUAGGGUAGGGUAGGGUAGGGUAGGGUAGGGUAGGGUAGGGUAGGGUAGGGUAGGGUAGGGUAGGGUAGGGUAGGGUAGGGUAGAGUAUGGGUAGGGUAGGGUAAGGUAGGGUAGGAUAAUAUGUUUACUUUUUGUUUCAGUGGUGACUGCCGGUACCCCAACCAAGUCGAGUAAACGCUCAGACAGUCAUUUGGAAACGGCAUUCUCUGGCGUCUUGAAUAGUGAUCAAACUCCAAAUUCAGUCGAGGAUGGCUUUUCUGAAGAGUUUACUUGUCAAAGUCUGCCUGUGGUGAGUGUUUGAUGUUUUUGGCUUUAGAAACAAAGUUCCUGCCGGUUGAUGAAAAAUGAGUUUUGGAAAGAAAGUUCCUGCGAUUUUUUUAAAAAUGGCUUUGUAAACAAAAUUCUUGCUGUUUUUAAUCCAUAAUUUGCAUUUUCAGGAACGUGUAGUAGUCCGUCGACCUCAAGCCACAGCCACCACCGUUCGUAACCGACUGAGAAUCGCCAAAGGCACUCAAACUCGCCAAUCAGAAGUCAAGGUUGGUCCGGAUAUGACUCAAGUGCCUUCGGAAAAGCAUCGAGAAUACGUAGGUUUACUAUUAUAUUACUACACUCAAAAUUACGGUAGGCAUACUGUAAGUUAUUAGGUAUACUGUAUGUUGUGGUAAGCAUACUGUAUGUUACGGUAAGCGUACUGUGAACUACGGUAAACACGCUGUAAGCUACGGUGUGAAAAUGAUAAGUUACGAUAGGCAUACUGUAAGUUACAUUAGGCUUACUAUAAGUUACGACAGGCAUACUGUAACUUAAGGUAGACAUACGGUAACCUACGGGUAGCAUAAUGUAACUUACGCUAAGAAUUCCGUAAGUUACAGUAAGCGUACUUUGAACUACAGUAAGGUCACUGUAAGCUACGGCGUGCAAAUGGUAUGUUACGGUAAGCAUACUGUAAAAGAGAGAAAUAGUAAAUAAAAAGAUAGAUGUUGGAAAGAAAGUUCUUGCCAUUUUUAGCUAAAAUUUCAUAAAUUUCAUUUUCUUUAGAUCUACCGCACUCUAAAAGACGAAGUAAUUUCCGAAUACAACACGAAGAUACGAUUUUACCACUUUGACAAUGCAAUGCUCAACGACUUCAGCCCGGAACGCAAAGAGCACUACAAAAUGGCCCUGGCGAAACGUCAAAAAUGGUACAAUGAGGCCAAGAAACAAGCAAAAUGA